AUGCCGACUGGCGUGUGUGGCCGCGACCCGCAGCUUUGCCUUCCCGGUGUUGUUGCCGCAGUCGUCCUCUUCGUUGUGGGGAUAGUGGCGCUGACCGUCGACGCCGCCAUACCGGGUGUCCCUCUUGCCGAGGUCGUGUUUGCGCCGUACAACCUCCAUCCUGUCGUGGAAGAGGCGGCGUCGACCACCGCGGGUGGCGAGGAAGUCGAUGACUUCUGCUUCAUUUCACAUGGCUGCUGGGGUGGGAAACCCUCAAAACAGAAGCAACAGAAGGAAAUUGCGGCGCUUAUUGUGCGUCUCAUCGAGGACGCCGCGAGGCAUCCACAGCGGCAGGACGAACGCAUACGAUUUGUGGUGGCUGCUGGGGACAACUUCUACCCGCACGGUGUGCGGGACGUUCACGAUACACGUUUCUUUACCACCUUUGAAGGGGUCUACAGUGGGGGCAGCGAGGUGCAGCGGGUGCCGUGGUUGGUGGCGCUAGGGAAUCACGACCACUUGGGUAAUUGGUCAGCGCAAGUCAGCUACACGUACGCGACGCGGGAGCCGACGCCGCAUGAGCGCCGCGGGUUCAAUCUUACUCCAAAUGGGACGGCGGUGACGGGUCGUUGGUACAUGCCACAUCCAUACUACGUGGUGAAGGUGAGCAACGACAUGGUGGUCGUUGUGUUGGACACGGUUCUUAUGCACAGCUGCAACGAGCACCCAGACGCGUGCUGGGACGCCGGGAAGCAGAAGGCAGUAGUGGAGGAUUGGCUUUUGCGCAUGUAUGCCAACGUGCCGUACAAGGUGGUUGUCGGACACUACCCGGUUCUUUCAAACGGGCCGCACGAGAACUAUCCGUGGUUGCAGGAUUGGCUGAUCCCACUACUGACGAGGUCCUGUGCCUCCCUCUACAUUCAUGCGGACAAUCACUACCUGCAGGUUUCCAAACGUGGGUUUCAGUACUACGCUAACAGCGGCGGGGGUGGUGGGGCCGGGCUACAUCACUCAUUCAAAGAUAAGAGUUGGAUGCAUAGGGAUAGCGUCUUUCACUCGGUUGAGACAGGCGUCAUGGUGCACUGUAAGAAGGGAAAUCGUCUUACACAUCGAGUGUUGAGCAAAACAGGGGAUGUACUCUUUCGUUUUGCCUCCUGGGACUCCGACGACGGCGCACCUCUUGCGCAGUGCCUGGCGAAGCUGAUGGAGGGGGCUGCCACGCGCCCCCAAAGGGUCAGGGAGGAUGGCCUCCUGGUGUUGCUUCCGCCGGUAGCCCUGCUGCCGCUGCUGUUGCUUUUGUUCUUUGUGUCGGCAAAGCGGCAAUACCGCCUGCGUGGGAGACGGCGUGUGUGA